GUAAAUCACAAGUGCAACAAAUUCAAAACUCGAAUCAUAUGAAUAAAUAUAAAAUUGGAAAAAUACAAAUGCAGUAAGCAGAUAGAAAACUGAGGCUAAGCUGUAUGCAAUUUAUUCCCAUCAAAAACAUUUUUCGUUUACCCGCCCAAUAUUAAAAAUCAAAAUCGCCGCCGUGCCGCCGUACUAUAACCGCCGCUGCCGCUGCUGCCGCCAUGGAAGACGAUGACCAGAGAGUCGUAGAUCUGGUCAAAGAACUAGUGCAACGCUUACUCUACACUUCUAACCCUCAAAACCCUAGCGCCUCCGCUCCUACCCAGCAAGAUUACAAUCAAGCCGUGAAAUACUCGCUCCGGAUACUAUCCAGCCGCAUGACGCCGUCCAUUGCGGUGGACGAUGCCGCCAUGGCGGAAUCUAUCAAGAGGCGUCUUGCCACAGCCGGUAAGUCCUCCGAAGCCCUAACAUUUGCCGAUCUGUACGCGAAAUUUUCUUUGAAAAAUGGGCUGGGAAGCGUGAAGAAUAAGUGGGCUGUGCUGUACAUGCUGAAGACUAUAUCGGAGGAUCGGAAAAUUCGGAAAAACCAGUUUCCUAAUAUGAUUUCUAACGGAUUUUUAGAUUCUGCUUUGGCCGGCGGGUUACCCGCAUUGUAUGAGAGUGAUGUUCAUGGUAGUAGUUCUGGGGGUUAUGGGAAAUUGAAUAAGAAUUCGAAGGUUGGAGGGAUUAGCAACGGUUUCGAUGGUUUGAGGGGUUCGUCUGACUCUGUUAGGAAUUUUAGGGGUUUGAGUAACUUGGAGAGUGAUCGAUGUGAAAAGAUUUUAGGUGCUAAUUUGGAUAGCUUUAGUAGUUUGACUGAAAAUAUGAAGAAACUGAAGGGAGGUGAUAAUUCCAGGGGGUUAAAUGCAAGAGAGCAUUUGGAGAAACAAUUUGGUGGAGGCAUGUUGUUAGUAUCCAAGGACCCUGAAAAUAUUCGGGAUAUGGCAUAUAGGGAGUUUGUGGACUUGAUAAAGGAGGAAAAUGAGGUUACCGAAGUGGUUUUGGUGAGAGAUGUUCUGUAUGCGUGUCAAGGGAUUGAUGGGAAGUAUGUGAAAUUUGAUGAGAAGGUUGAUGCAUAUGUGCUGCCGGAGUUUGUUAAGGUGCAGAGAGCUACUAGAAUUAUGGUCCGGAAGCUCUGUGAACUUGGUUGGCUUUUUAGGAAAGUGAAGGGGUAUAUAACAGAUAGUAUGGAUAGGUAUCCAGCUGAAGAUGUUGGGACUGUUGGACAGGCUUUCUGUGCUGCAUUGCAAGAUGAAUUAUCAGAUUAUUAUAAGUUAUUGGCUGUGCUUGAAGCACAAGCAAUGAAUCCGAUUCCGUUAGUUUCAGAAAAUGCAAGCUCUGGUAAUUAUCUUUCAUUGAGAAGGCUGUCAGUUUGGUUUACUGAGCCCAUGGUGAAGAUGAAGCUUAUGGCUGUUUUAGUUGAUAGCUGUAAGGUCUUAAAAGGUGGUGCCAUGGCUGGGGCUAUUCAUAUGCAUGCUCAACACGGUGAUCCUCUUGUGAAUGAUUUUAUGAACAGGUUACUCCGUAGGGUGUGUUCCCCGCUCUUUGAAAUGGUUAGGAGUUGGGUUUUGGAGGGGGAGCUGGAGGAUAUCUUCGCAGAGUUUUUUGUCUUAGGUCAACCAGUAAAAGCAGAAUCUCUUUGGAGAGAAGGUUAUCGUCUCCAUGCAGCAAUGCUUCCUACUUUCAUUUCUCAGUCCCUUGCUCAGCGCAUCUUAAGGACAGGGAAGUCAAUUAAUUUCCUUCGAGUUUGUUGUGAUGAUCAAGGUUGGGCUGAUGCCGCCACUGAAGCUGCAGCUGCAGCUGGGACCAGUACCAGGAGAGGUGGUCUUGGGUACGGUGAGACUGAUGCUCUUGAAUCGUUGGUUACUGAAGCAGCAAAAUGGAUAGAUAGGCAUUUGUUGGAUGUAAUGUUUAAACAGUAUAAGUUCAAGGAACAUUGCCUUGCAAUCAAGAGAUAUUUACUUCUUGGGCAAGGUGAUUUUGUUCAGUACCUAAUGGAUAUUGUUGGUCCAGAUCUGUCUGAGGCUGCCAAUACCAUAAGCUCAUUCAAGCUAGCUGGAUUACUGGAAAGUGCAAUUAGAUCAUCAAAUGCCCAAUAUGAUGACCCUGAUAUACUUGAUAGGUUAAGGGUGAAAAUGAUGCCGCAUAACACAGGGGAUAGAGGCUGGGAUGUGUUUUCUUUGGAAUAUGAUGCUAGAGUUCCCUUGAAUACUGUUUUCACAGAAUCUGUUAUGUCUAGGUAUCUGAGAAUUUUUAACUUUUUGUGGAAGCUUAGAAGGGUAGAGCACGCACUGAUUGGUGUUUGGAAAAUGAUGAAACCGAAUUGUGUUACUUCUCGGUUCUUUUCUAAAUUGCCACAGGCUGUUAAAUUGCAGUUGAUAUUGACAUCAAGGAAGUGCCAAGUUCUCUGGGGUGAGAUGAAUCAUUUUGUUUCAAAUCUACAGUACUAUAUAAUGUUUGAAGUCUUGGAGGAGUCAUGGUCUGAUUUCUCAAAGGAAUUGGAAGCAGCUAAAGAUCUUGAUGACCUACUUGGAGCACAUGAGAAGUACCUUCAUUCGAUUGUUGAAAAGUCUCUCCUUGGUGAACGGUCCCAAAAUCUUAACAAGACACUCUUUGUUCUAUUUGAUCUCAUAUUGCGCUUCCGAAGUCAUGCAGAUCGUCUCUAUGAAGGCAUAUAUGAGCUGCAAUCAAGAACGGCGGACUCUACUUCUCGUGCUAAAGUGGGAGUGAAGAAUGUUCCUAGUAACAAAACAUCAGACCAGGGUCCAUGGUUGGGUGAAGGCAGGAAAGACAUAACAAGACGUGCUAGGGAAUUUCUCCAAAACAUGGCACAAGACUUGGAUGCUCUUGCAAAGGAGUAUUCAACUGUUUUUGAGGGUUUUAUUUCUCAAUUGCCCAUACAACAACAUGUUGACUUGAAGUUCCUUAUGUUUCGGUUAGACUUCACUGAGUUUUACAGCCAGUUGAGACCCAGCAAAGGCGAGAAGCUUUUGUUUUAGUAUCUGACUUUAAGAAAAUGCUGAAGAGAUUUCAGAUUAUCUUACGCCCGUUUGAGUCUAUCUUUGCACUUAUGAACCAAUGCUCUCCCUUGUGCUAGUUUACAUUGGCAUUGCUUGUACAGUGUUGCCUUUAGGUGUGUAUGAUAAAUCUUCAAAUGUGCUUGUCCUAGAUGUCUUGGUUUAUUGUUUUCUUUUCUCUUUUUCUUUUUUUAUGGUUCUGCAAGCCUAAUGUUAGAUGGGCUUGUAGGCCUAUACCUUUGUUUUAGGGUGGUAGAAGAAAGCUGUAAUUGGUGAUUGCUUUUUUUUUUUUUUUUUUUUUUCAUUCUCCAAUUAUAUUUGUGUCAAUUAUUGUCACAUUGCAUCCUUGUAUUGGUUUGCUGAUAAAAAGUGGAUGAUUUGUUUUGUGUUCCUAUCAA